UUCGCGAUAUGGUCUGAAAAUGUUCAAACUAUGACAAUAUUCAGCAACUAACUUAAACAACCUUUACGAAUAACUAAAGGUUUUCCGUUAAAAAACAUAUUUUACUAACAUUUACAGACCUAUUUUCUUCAUCUGGAAUGUUAAUCAGAAUAACAUACUAAAUGAAUAAAACUGAUCCACUGUGUGUUCAAUUAUUGAAAAGUUUGAUUCUAUGCAGUGAAAAAGCUGCUGUAAUAGCUCGUACAAUUAAAAAACAAACAAGCAUCUUUCAAACACUCGUUCAAGUGAAAGAUUCAACUGAAGCUAAUUUAAGAUUCAGUAUAGAUGUAAAAACUUUGGCCGAUGUAUUAAUUCAAGAAGUUGUAAAAUAUGAUCUAAACUUACUUUUUCCUGGAUUCAGUGAUUCAGUGUUUGGUGAAGAAAACAAUCGGUUCUCUGGUAAUUCUGGCAAAAACAGUUUACAAUUCAACUAACUUCUAAAAGAAAAUCUCUCGA